AUGGCUAGGGGUAAAUCGAAGCGAGCAGCCGCCGCACAAGCUCGAUUAGAAGAUGCCACAUUAGAAGCUCAACGUUCUGCCUCCGAUCGCCCACAAGCCACCUCAACUGAGGAAGGUGCCAUGCCUUCACCUCCACUACCUCCCCCACUUGGAAUAGGGAACACCGUGCCUUCACCUCCGCCGCCUCCCUCAUUUGAUGACGAACCAGAACUCUUCUCCAGCUCCACCCCGGCCAGCGGCGACACCUCAGUCGACAAAUGUUGUUUCUGUGCAUAUGGUAAUGUUCGGAAGCGUGGAAUUGUGGUCAGCAACAAGACGGAACACAUAGUGAAGGUAAUGGGACACAGGCUCACGCUUCAAUGGUCAGAUUUCCACUCCGGACCUCACUUGAAAAAUAACCGAAGCCUCCUCUCCCACGACAUUGGCUGCUGUGUCAAGGCACGUGUGCCAAUGCUUGCGCCGACAUUUUAUGAGCUACAACUUCACCAAAGAAAAACAGUUGACAAUUAUUUGAAGACUUAUUAUGAUAUACCAGCCUCAGAUAUGAAAAUGUGGAACUUUAUUGAUAGGUUGGCCUAUGAGAGGUACAAGGACUGGAAGCACGAUUGCAAGCGGCAUUUCAAUCUAUGGAAGGAUGAAGUUCCCCUAGAAUUUGUGCAUCGUCCAGAUCAGUGGAGCUGCUUGUGCCAACACUUCAGGGACCCUGAUUAUAUGGCUAUGUGUGUGCAGAACCAGGCUAAUCGGACAAAGAACCCCAACCCUAUCAACCACUGCUCAGGGUCGCUCCCUAUGAGUUUUAGAGCGAGUGCCUACUUAGAGAGAGGACAUCCGGCCGCGUACGUUGCGGGUUUUCUGGAUUCUUACCUACCUAGCAAGAACGGAAAGGAAAAGGCGGUGAGUAUUGUGAUCUUGGAAAAAGUUAAAAGGAAGCUUGAUGACAUUCUAGCAGAAAAUGGAGAGGCAGACCCAGGGGCUAUUGAAAAUGAGCCAAUCCCUGUUGAUGAACAAGUGGAUAUGAUCACAGAGGUCAUGGGAGAAAGGAAGGGGACACGAAUUAUUGGAGUGGGAGCAGCCCUUCAACAAGCCCCAAAAAGACGAGGGGGAGCAUGGACCGAUGAAUCUAAUGAGAGAGUGCGGCGGGCUAAAGAGAAAGCUGAUCAGGCUGAACUGCAAAACCAAGAGACAAGGGAGGAAAUUGCAAGGAUAAAGGAGGAAAAUCAGGCCUUCCGAGACCGUCUUCAAGCAUUGGAGGCAAUGAUUGUAUCUAUGCAAGCUUCACAAGCGAAAACUACUUGACUGUUAAUCAAUAUGAGGUUAUAUUUUUCAAGCACUUUGUCAUCUGUUUUGAAGGGAUGUAUGAGAAUAUGACUUGUGUAAUCUAAUCUCUAACACUAGCUAUUUUGUACAAUUUGACAUUAAUUGAUGCAAGGAGCUGUAUUUUAUAAC